AUGUCCUACCCCCCCGACAACCAUCCCACCCCACCGCACCACGGCAUCCCCCUGCUCACCCCCCGUGAGCAAGAAAUCUACCGCCUAGGCUCCGCCGCCCCUCGCCGGCCCCUGAGCCCGCUGCGGCUACCGGGCCACAACUGCGUCGAACUGGUGAAGGCGAUGAUCGCCUUGGCGGCGCGGGAUAAAUUGGAGGAGCUGGAGGGGAAGGCGAUGGAGGCGAUGAGGGAGGUUAGGGACCACAGGACGGAGCAGUGGCUUCGGACUGGACAGUGGGAUGAGGAUGGGGCGAGGGAGGGGAUGAAGAAGGUGGUGGGGAGGUUUCAGGGGGGGAUGAGGGGGUUUUACAACAGGAUGCAGCACCUCCAUGGCCCAACCCAUCCACAUCUAGUUUGGGAAGACAUGAACCUCUACGGCCGCUUACCGAAGGCUUAUCACAAGAUCAAGCCGGCGGGUAGUUCGGGUCCGUUGCGGUGGGACUUGCUGGAUAGUAAGGCGGAGUUGUUAGAUUUAGGCAGGCUGGGGGAGUUGCAGUACUCGGAGGGGGAAUUGGAGGAGGAGUCGGCGCUGGAGGACUCGGCGGAGGAGGGCUCGGCGGUGGAGGAGGAGGAGCGUGGGGAACCAUCGGAGGGAAACGAGGAGAAGAAUGAGGAGGAGGAGGAGGGCAAGGACAAGCCGUUGGAUGCAAAGGAGGACUCCGAGGACGGCGAGGAGCAGUUAGCUGAGAAGAGCUGGGAGGGCAGUGGUGAGCUGGUGGAGGUUAAGGAAGAGGAGGUUGAAAAGGACAAGUUAGAUGGAAAGGAGGACUCAGAGUUCCAGGAGGUCACUCAGGACAGUGGUGAGCAGUUGCCUGAGGAGAGCGGGGAGGAUAGUGAUUCUGGGCUGCAAAUAGUGCUGCCUCUUCGUCUGCGUCACGGUCGUUGA